AUGGGAUCGUAUACAACUUCAGAUACAGGAGAUUAUCUGGUGAUUGUAUUUUUAAGUAUUAGAAUUUCUGUUUUAUUUGUUAUAUUUUUUUUAAAUGCAAUCCAAACUGUAUUUGAAUUUAGAUAUUUAAGAGCAACAAAUAGACCUAUAAGUCCUCGUUUCUGUACUUUUUUUUCAAUUACAUUCUUCCCACUAUUUAGAGGAAUCGAACAAUUAGCUUAUUUAUUGGCAUAUCCAAGAUUUGUAGCACCUUCACAUGCCUAUUUCUUUUCACUUUAUGGAACAUAUUUUAUCUUUUCAGAAUGGAUUUUCAUUGGAUGUUUCUGGACACAAUUAUUAUAUACUUUCUUUGUGUCAACUGCUAUCAUUUUAAAGAAUACUAAGCGUGCAUGGUAUACUGCAUGGGGUUUGGCAGUUGUGUUUGGAUUUUGGACUGUCAUAUUGAGUAUUCUUUCAUGGGCAUCACCAGAGUCAAUCGUUCAUUGGAUUACCUAUGGUCAAUUGGCAUGGAUUUUGGUCUAUGGAUUUGCUAUUAUUUUCAAUGGUGUCAUUCUUGUGAAAUUUAUGAAACAACAAGAAAAGCGUAUUCCAAAACUUCAAACAACCAUCGAUAAGACCGUGCGUUUGGCGGCGACCCUUACCAUUCUCUGGCUCUCAAGUAUUGCUAUUAUCAUUGGUUUCUCAGUAGCCGGUGUACCUGAAUCGUCAGACUAUUACUAUUUCCAGAAAUUCUUUAUCUUCCUCAUCGAAGUGUUCCAGGUGAUAGUUGUCAUGUUGGCACUCGGUGGUGAGACACCAAUCAACUAUAUUUAUUUCCGUCGUGUCAAUGAAUCGCACUCAUCUGGCAGUGGAUUGCACACCAAGAACAAUAGCGGUGCUGGUGAGAAAUACUCGUUUUCGUCACACGUUACCAGUGUUGGUCCACAAGAGGUAUCGAUGACCACCUUCUCAGUGGCAGCAUCACGUGAUCUCAUGGAAUCUGAAACAUCAUCAAACAACCAACAAGAGCAACCAAGCGCAACCAUUCCAUCACACAUGAAAGACAUCGAGUCUGGUUAUGGACAUAGCUCAACAAAUGAACUUUUACACUCUACCGAACAACAAAACAAACAACUCGGCAAUGCUCCUACCUCAUCAGAUUCAUCAUCAUCAACAUAA